AGUGCUUGGGAGCUGAGGGCAGGCUGGCCUACAAGCUGUUUCGUGACCUUUUUGCCAACUACACAAGUGCCCUGAGACCUGUGGCGGACACAGACCAGGCUCUGAAUGUAACCCUGGAGGUGACCUUGUCCCAGAUCAUCGACAUGGUGCGUUAUGAUUGUUGUAUAACUGUGGAGUGUGCUGGGAACAGUGUCAAGGAAUUUGGGGGAUGAACGCAACCAAGUGCUGACCCUGUACCUGUGGAUCCGACAGGAGUGGGCAGAUGCUUACCUACGGUGGGACCCUGAUGACUAUGGUGGCCUGGAUGCCAUCCGCAUCCCCAGCAGUCUCGUGUGGCGGCCAGACAUCGUACUCUAUAACAAGGCUGACGCACAGCCUCCGGCCUCGGCCAUCACCAACGUGGUUCUGCGGCACGACGGCUCUGUGCGCUGGGACGCUCCGGCCAUCACGCGCAGUUCGUGCCACGUGGAUGUGUCGGCCUUCCCGUUCGAUGCACAGCGCUGCGGCCUGACUUUUGGCUCGUGGACGCACGGCGGGCACCAGCUGGACGUGCAGCCGCGGGGCAACGGGGCCAGCCUGGCCGACUUCGUGGAGAACGUGGAGUGGCGCGUGUUGGGCAUGCCAGCGCGGCGGCGCGUGCUCACCUACGGCUGCUGCUCGGAGCCCUACCCAGACGUGACUUUCACACUGCUGCUGCGCCGCCGCGCUGCUGCCUACGUGUGCAACCUGCUGCUGCCCUGCGUGCUCAUCUCGCUGCUCGCGCCGCUUGCCUUCCACCUGCCUGCCGACUCGGGAGAGAAGGUAUCCCUCGGCGUCACCGUGCUGCUGGCGCUCACGGUCUUCCAGCUGCUCCUGGCUGAGAGCAUGCCACCAGCAGAGAGUGUGCCACUCAUCGGGAAAUACUACAUGGCCACCAUGACCAUGGUCACCUUCUCCACAGCACUCACUAUCCUUGUCAUGAACCUGCAUUACUGUGGUCCCACUGCCCGCCCAGUGCCAGCCUGGGCUCGGGCUUUCCUCCUCGGACACCUGGCACGGGGCCUGUGUGUACGGGAACGAGGGGAGCCCUGUGGGCAGUCUAGACCACCCAAGUCACCUCCCAGUCCCCAGCCUCCUAAGGGAGGGGCAGGCCUGCCAGCAGGCCCUUGCCAUGAGCCGCGGUGUCUGUGCCAUCAGGAAGCUCUAUUGCGUCAUGUAGCCACCAUUGCCAGCACCUUCCGCAGCCACCGAGCUGCCCAGCGCCGCCAUGAGGACUGGAAGCGCCUGGCCCGUGUGAUGGACCGCUUCUUCCUGGGCAUUUUUUUCUCCAUGGCCCUGGUCAUGAGCCUCCUGGUGCUGGUACAGGCCCUGUGAGUCCCAGGAGUCUGCUGAAGCCACAGCACCUCCAGACAGAGAUGCAAAGGACAGGUGGUUUUCUUGGCCCUCAGACCACUCAGUCUCUUCCCACUGUGCCUAAGAGCCUGGGACAUUCCCUCUCAGGGUCAGUACUGCUGACUUCACAAACCACGAGGAGCAUUUGUUGGCUAUAUACCCUAAC